AAUGUCGCCCGCUCGCCCACGUCAACACUAGCACGACAAGGAAAGGCUGCAACACCUACAGCAAUCAUGAGAAUAGCAGCAACUCCGGACCCGCCUGGCGACAUCGGCAUGACUCCCGCAGACCGCUACUACAAGAAUCUACGUGUCCUACGCCGCCGCGACUCCCACAUAGUCUCUAUAUUCGAUCAAUUUCCCCAUGUCACUGUCUACUACAUGCAAGACGACCUUAGUAUGGACAGGGCUGGGUAUGAAGGCACCUUGUUCUUUUUUGAAAGAGACAUCGAACCAACAUAUGGCUUGUUUAUUCUUAACCGCCAAGGAAUGAACGACUAUAUACGCUAUUUCCAGCAUGACGACGUUUUUGAACCCAUGGGAGAAGCUGUCUGGAUCAGCACUCUAAACCCUACCUCGCCAAAUGCCAUGGGUGACGAGGACAAGACAGCAGGAUUCUGGUCCAUGGCUAUGGAUGUACGCGAAACACUGGGUGACAUGAUGAUGCGCCUCUCACCAUACAUCCGACGCAAUGAACGGUAUCCAGACGAAUAUCGCUAUGGCCCAGACCGCGUUGUCCCACAGCAGAAUUGUUCUGCCGCUGGUACACGAGACGACGUCAAGCACGACUUCCUUAGCGACCUACCAGAUGAAAUGCGAGAGAAAAUUAUUAAGACAGUCCAGACUGCAAAGGCGAAAGCGAAGGAGGAGGACGAUUCUGAUGCUAAGGACAGUUCGGGCAUGUUGAGGUCCUUACCUGCAACGCAGACAAAUAUGUCUGAGCUCGAUCAAUUAUUCUCCAAGCUGGCCACUACCGAGCAGUCACUACCGGACCAGACCCCGCAAGCACCACAAGCACCAUUGUCUGGUCAAGCACUUCUUAAUACAAUGUUCGCUUCCGUUUCGGAACCUAAAAUUCUCCGACGACGACCGAACGAAGCAGGCCAAAAGUUGACUCUACAACAACUUGGCUUAGCACCACCAGUGUGCACUCCCCCUGAUAAUAUGGAAAUCAUUUCCCCGAAACCCAGUACCGCGGGUCUACCUCAGAUUUUGACUACGGACGUCAUCCAUGAGUUGAUGGGUAUGCCUAGCUCGGACAGCCGCAGUGCAUCGCGUUCAUCUACCUCUGCUUCUUUGUUAGAGCAUCCACGGUCCCCUAGUUCCGCAGGCGCGCACCGUAGUAAGGAACGUGGAUACAUAGCCGAUUUCGGAGAGGACGAUGGAGGGACGUCUGAGUCAUCGAUGAAUAUUGAUUUAGACCAGUCAAUGAGCAGAAGUAUCAUGGAGCGUCUUUUGCCCGGAACGCGUUCUUCGGUUUCGAAUUCAAGGAAUACAAGGUCUUCAGGUGCAUUGAAAGGAGACGCCACGCCGCGUGCGCGCGUUGAGCAGUUGGGAUACGUGUCUCCGCCAAACAAGCCGCGACCAGUCCCUAUGCACGCAGCGUCCGAAGCGAACACCCGCUCGCUCGGUAUAGGUGCUGCACCACAUACAAGCCGGAACUCAGACGCGCAAUCAGGAGUGACGAAUCGUACGGUUUCAGCACCUUCAACAGUACGGGUUCCGUUCCAGUCAAGUGAAGAGCUCUGGCCGAGUGGCAAAUCAAAGAUGUUGCCCAUUCCUGCCGCUGUUGUAGACGAAUUGGCUGUGGAAGUUGAAGAGGUUGUCGAACUAGACUUCAGUGAGAUUGGCAAACUGGAUGACAUUCGGGCUUUUGAAACCAAAAGCGUUAAUGCCGCUCGUGGAAGGGAUGCGAGAGGCAAGGAGAAAGCCAAGGCCAACGGAGUAUUGUCUGCCCAGAAUGGUGUCCACGCGGCGGGACCCACUCCUGCCAAUGCAUCAAAGCACGGCCUGAACGCAUCUCACUCGAAUGGGGCCGGGGUAAAGUCCGGCAUUGGAGCUUCACAAUCACUGGCUGAUUCCCGCCAGGAUACUGUAGGACGCUCGCUUCAUGCUGCACUGCAAGACUCCAACCUCAUAACGGGAAAUGGACAAGCCUUGAAUAGAAAUGCGUUUGUGCGGGAGGUUCUAACGCUCAUUCACACCGACAAGAAAUUUGUAGAUAAAAUGUAUCAAGCGUAUCAAGAGUCCCUACCCCAAUCCCGAUUCCAUUGACACUUAAUUCAUUUUAUCUUGUAAUAUACCAUGAACUUGAUACAAGCUACAUUGCAAUCAUUAGACCCUCGACCGUCAUCGUAUUUGUUGAGUCUUUUACUCGCACGUACACGCACUGCACGAAACCUUCGUCAAUUUGCCAUCCUGCGCCACCCUUGUUGUCUCCAGCUCACGCAACGCCUUUUCUUUUUCUCGUCUAUCAAAGCAUGCAGCUUUCGGGUUCUUGCAGUCCUCUUCUUUUUAUGCAUCUGAUUGCUAGCUCUUCUUCCUUUCUCUUCUGUAGUUUAGACUGUAUCGUAUCUAGCUGUGCCUUCUCUUGGUUCAUUUUUACUGCUGCGCCUUUCAUUUUUCUCGCGAUUCCUGUCCUUUGCACGAUCAUGUAGCCUGUUGUGAACAUGUAUGGAUUGACGAUAUGAUCAUAGGUAGCAGGCCAUACCUUGAAGCUUCUGCGUUGCUUUUUAAUUCUACGCGAGGAACAAA